CCGUGCACUAAAUUAACCGCGCGGCUACCAUCUCUCCGCCUGUGAUCGGUCAGAUCCAGUUCAGAGAGCACUUCUUCUCCAAACGCAGAGUCGCAUGCUCUUUUCAAGACAGCCUUGCAGCAGUGCCGGCAAUUUGGUUAUCAGCAAUAUCGAAUUCUUCUUCUGCCAUAUCCAGUCUUGGCUAUUAUCCACACAGAGAUCUUGCAGUCAAUUCCACCAUGAAUAGGCCAGGACCCGGCCCACAAGCUCUGAGGGGCAUCCCCGGAUUUCCUCAACAACAACAAGCUCAAGCUCGAAACGCCAGUCUUGUCUCCGCACGGUUACCAAAUGGUAAGAUAGGUACAAGUGGCAACUGGAAUUUCGGUCUCCCCAUGGGGGCCCCAGGACUGCCGAGUCAUCAACAGCGAAAUAUAGGAACGAUGGGAACCUUCGCUCAGAGUCUUGGUGGCUCUCAGCCUGCAACACCUCUGGAUCUCUCCGAAUUUCCUUCAUUAUCUGGAGUGCCACAGCAAAAUCAAUCACAAAACUCCGCGCAAGCAGUUUGGGCGAAUGCUGGGCAACGUGCCACUCAGCAAACGCCAGUUCAACGCCAGCAACCCCCCUCCAGCCAGCCCCCCUCCCGAACGUCUCAAACGCAAAGCCACUAUGCCCAGCAACAACCGUCCCAAGACGACCUGUUUCCAUCUGGAGCCCAGUUUGCAAACCGGUUAGACGAUUUCCGAGGCAGCGGGCAAGGGAUAAGCGGGCAGCUUGGUGCUGGCGGACAGCCGCAGACAGGGAACAUUGAAGAGUUUCCUCCGUUGGGUCGAAACACGACCGACAUUCCUCCUGGGGGCAUCCAAGGCCGCAUGAACGACAUCGGGCAAGAGCGGCGGAGUUCAGUGCUGCAGAACACGGGUUUCGGCAGCUACGGACCUGGCUUGGCAUUCUCAGCGCAGACACAGUCCGCCCAAGCUCGAAACAUCCUCGCCGCGACUUUGAAUGGACAGGAGAGUGGUCGCGUCAUGUCUCCAGGAACAUCAGGCGCUGGUGCUCCAGGCCUUACAACGUCGCGUUCGCCUCAAAGACCGAAUGGUGUGUCAAGUCAGGAGAAAGAGGAAGCUAGCCAGGGACUGCAGUUGCAGCGCCAAUCACAAGGAGACGCGCAAGAUCCUUCAGCUUCUGGUCAAAGUUCUGAACAACCACCUCUGUCGCAGAUGAGCGAACUGGAUAGAUUCGGACUCGCGGGCCUCCUCCGAAUGAUACACAGUGAAAGCCCUGAUGUAGCCAGUCUUGCGGUUGGGCAGGAUCUCAUGACUUUGGGACUGGACCUCAAUCAACCCGAGCCGUUACAUCAUUCAUUUGCUUCACCAUUUGUUGCUUCGAUGUCUGCAGUCCCACUGGAACAAGAUUUCACCAUCCCUAGCUGCUACAACGUGGGAAACGUACAACCUCUGCAAACCCGCAUUACGAGUUUUAGCGACGAGACUCUAUUCUACAUUUUCUACAGCAUGCCCCGCGAUAUUCUACAAGAGCUCGUGGCCGAGGAAUUGAUGGGCCGCAAAUGGCGAUAUCACAAAGUCGAGCGUUGCUGGCUGACACGAGAUGAGACUUACCCAGGCCCCGUUGAUGUUGAACGUGGUGUGAGCGAACGUGGCGUCUACUUGUGGUGGGAUCCUGCAUCUUGGAAGAAGAUUCGCCGCGAAUUCAUCCUUCGAUAUGAAGACCUUGAUAACAGGUUGGAUCCUGGUCGAGGUGUGCAACGUGUUGGAUUCACUCCUCAUGCCUCAUAGUGGUUUUUAUGAUCCGUGAUGUGUUCAUUGUUGUCUGUCUGGUAGCGUGGAAAACGAGCAUUAAAGGAAACGUUUGGCAAUCGGCGUUGAUUUUAUUAGGCAACGGUCUACUACUAGGAGCAUGGUAUGAAUGACAUAAUUACGAAUGACAAUAAAUGCCUGCCGUUGCGAAAUGGCUCGCGCUUUAUUCACGAUA